UCACCUGAUCUGUCUUCAAACCCCUUCACCCACAAACCAUGGCCGGCGGUGGAGGCGAUGCUCCGCCACCACCACGACCACCUGUAAACGGCGGUGAAUUCCUUCUUCACUUGCUCAAAAACCCUCCACAGCAUCCCCGUUCCAAUACCCAACAACAACCACCACAACCGCCACCGGCACUACCUCACGAUCCAGCCGUCGCCGCCGUUGGACCCUCCAUACCCUUCCCAUCUCAUGGUAGCGAUUAUCUCCCACCCUCCCGCCCUUCACUUUUCCCACCUCAUAACUACUUCAAUCAAGGGUUAGGGUUCCCCCAAAACCCUAACCCUAAUCCCAAUCUCAUCAAUCCAAACCCUAACUGGCCCUUGAAUUUCAUGCAUAACCACCCGAUCAACAACCAGGGAGUGUUUGAUGAUCUAGCAAAGCUUGGAAUUAUUUACAGUAACCACCAAAACCAGCAGCAGCAGCAGCAGCAAGACCGACACAAUAAGCUCGUUUUUGGUUCUUUGUAUCCUGAUAUUCAAAGCUCUAAAGUGUCAAAAAAUGGUAAUUUGGAUUACGAUCUGGCUAAUAUUGAGAAGCAUUUGUUGAAGGAGAGAGAAUUGGGUGUUGGGAACAGUAGAGUGAACGGUUUAGAGGUUGAUGUUAAGAGGAAUGCCGAGUUUAAGCAAAAUGUCCAAAUUGGUUCAUUGGCAUUUGGUAAUUAUAGGUCAACGGAAGCUGCUUCACAGCAGCAAGCACGGCGGAUACCGCCUCCAGGUUUUUCAAGCAAGGCAAGGACUGUAGGGAAGAGGAAUAUAGAACAGAGCGUGGACAAGGGAAAGGGAAAUCACAGAGAUGUUAUGAGUUCAGGCGGCGGGUUUGUUGACGGAGAAAGGUUCCACAUUGGGGAAAGGAGUUCGGGUGAGGGUGGGUUUAUUAAUCAGCUAGAUGACCCGGGUCCAUCGAGAGGAAAUAAUCUUCAUUCGGUUCCUGCGACUGAUGUUGAAGAGUCCAUGAUGACAUUACAUGCUAUGAAUGAACUAAAAUCGAGGAACAAUGGGCUUGAUGCAAGGGAAUUGGAUGAGCUAGACGAACAUGUUGAUAAUUUACUACUUGAAGAUGGAACAGAUGAAAAAAAUGAUAUAAAGAAGGUCCCUAAAUCCCGAGAUAAGGAUUACAGGUCAGAUAAGAGGGGCCAAUGGCUAGUUAACCAGAGAAUGAGGAACUAUAGAAGUCAUACAGAAUGCCGGGGGGAUAUAAAUAGGCUAAAUACUCCUUUUCUGGCAAUUUACGAAUCCUUGAUACCGGCAGAGGAAGAGAAGGAGAAGCAGAAGCAACUUAUGGCGUUAUUGGACAAACAUGUUAAGAAAGAAUGGCCUGGAGCUCGGUUGUUUCUUUAUGGAUCAUGUGCUAACUCAUUCGGGUUUCGUAAAAGCGACAUUGAUGUUUGCCUUGCAAUGGGGGAUGCGGACAUCAACAAAUCGGAAAUCUUGUUGAGGCUAGCUGACAUAUUGAAAUCAGAUAACCUUGAAAAUGUUCAGGCGCUGACUCGUGCCAGGGUGCCCAUAGUGAAGCUUAUGGAUCCGGUCACUGGAAUCUCUUGUGAUAUUUGUGUAAACAACUUGCUUGCCGUUAUAAAUACAAAACUUCUUCGAGAUUACUCGAAGAUAGAUGUAAGGUUGCGACAAUUGGCCUUUAUUGUCAAACAUUGGGCGAAGUCGAGAGGAGUUAACGAAACUUAUCAAGGAACCCUAUCCAGCUAUGCGUAUGUUUUGAUGUGCAUUCAUUUCUUACAGCAGCGUUCGCCUUCCAUCCUUCCCUGUCUGCAGGAUAUGGAGAUAACUUAUUCAGUAAAUGUGGAUAAUGUCAAGUGUUCUUUCUUUGAUCAAGUGGAGAAACUUCAAGGUUUUGGAUCUCGCAAUGGUGAAGGUAUUGCUCAGUUGGUUUGGGCGUUCUUCAACUAUUGGGCGUAUUGUCAUGAUUAUGCAAAUGACGUCAUAUCUAUUCGUACCGGAAGCAUAGUAAGCAAACGUGCAAAAGACUGGACUAGGAGGAUCGGGAAUGACCGUCAUUUGAUAUGCAUAGAAGAUCCAUUUGAGGUAUCUCAUGAUCUGGGUCGAGUGGUGGACAAACGUAGCAUUCGUGUCUUGAGAGAGGAAUUUGAGCGGGCUGCAGAAAUUAUGCAGCAUGAUCCCAAUCCUUGCGUAAAGCUCUUCGAGCCCUAUAUUCCGUGUUGAGUUGCUACCAUUUUUGCCCAUAGCCCAAAUACAAUGUUGGUAGUCGCUGGUAAGUAUCUCUAGACCUACAACCUGUAAAUUCCUUGCCCGAUUUUCUAUGUGCUGGUGUUUUUGCAUAUUUUUAUUAGGCUUCCUAUCUAUGGAUUUGAUCUUAUGAUCUCUUCUGUAAAGAACUGUUUCAUACAGAUUUGCGUAUUUAAUUUGUUUAUGCUAUAAUUAUCAUUUGUUUUUGUU